UUGUGUAGGACCUAGUGGAAAUGUGUGACGUUAUUGCCCCGGUUGCUCCCCAUCCAAUUGGAACAAAAGAAGGGCGAGUGAGCGAGUGAGUGAGUGAGAGUCAAUCCCAACCUUGACAGGCGCUCCCGCCGAACUCUCCUACCAAUAUGGUUUGUGUGUUUGGCAUGAAUUCAAACAGAACCAGCUCUUGAACGUACGGAUCAGUUGGGUUCAUUCCAGUGGAAUUUGUGACAUCCCAGAGGACUUUGCUUUGUGUACUUUGCGCCCUGGAAUUGACCUCCUUUGAUGAGUGCAUAAGAGUUGGUCGCUUGUCUAAUUUCCCUCUGAUUGACCAAGCUGGAUUGGACCUUUGCAAACGAGAGUGGUGUCCCUCUCGUUCUGGCUCAUGUCACAAGUGCGACAUGAUGGCUCAUUGAUCCGUUUGAGGGCCUUGGGUGCGAAGUGUUGCGAACGUGGGCAUGCUGGUGGUUUCCAAUCGGGAUUGAAACAUCUCCCUUCAAACGAACGCGUUUGAAUAGGGCGUGAGAAGUGAUGGCCAAAAAGAAAGGGGAAUAUUCAGUGCUUUCGGAAGUCAAUACCGAGGAGGAUUGGAAGGCCAUGUGCGAGCGAGAGGGCCUGACUGUGGUGGACGUGUAUUCCGAUUGGAGUGGCCCUUGUAAUGCCAUGACCAACUUCUUGAAGAAAAUGAAGCUGGAGGUGAAUAAUGACCUUUUGUCCUAUGCCAUGGCCAAGGCCGAUGCCAUCCCACAAUUGGCCAUUUUCAGAGGCCAUUGCAAACCCAUCUGGUUGUUCAUUUCCUCAGGUGAGCCCACUGGCGUGGUCCAUGGGGCCAACGCCCCCUUAUUGGGCCGGAUGAUUCAACGCGAGAUGGAUCGCUUGAAACAAGUCAUGAACGGAGAGGCCCAACCACAAGUCAUCGCUCUCGAGGAUUGUGUUCCAAAGAAAUCCUUCACCCAAAGCGACAACAACGCCAGCGUUCAAAUGGACGGACAGAUGUUUCAAUGCCUGAAAGAAAUCAAAACCUCCCGGAAUUCCCCCACCAACGAUUCCAACAAGAACUUUGCUUUGCUCUUGAUCGAGGAGUACAUCAAAGACAUGGGGUCAAAGACCAUGGAGGACAUCACCAAAUUCCUCGAGGACAAAGAAAUGAUGAUUAUGCGACAAAAAGAGUCUACUUUGAGCCAGGAGGACGUGCAAAUGUUCGCCUCGGGGAGUGAUAUUCCAGCUCAACAGUUGUCGCCCUUGAUUGGAACCAAUUGCAAGAUCCUGCUUCUCAGGUGCAAAGAUGAAUCGGUGAACGCGCACAAGCGAAUCCAGGUCAUGUUGGGUCCCAAGAGCGGAACCAAAGUGGAGAAGAAAAAAGGGAUUCCGCAUUCGGAAAACUUGAGGCACCGUUAUUUUGACCCGGAGGAGUUCUCCAUUGGAUUCAUGUGUCCCGACUAUUCGGGAUUCCUCCAACUGAUGGACAAGCACUUCCUCGAGUCUCUGAAAACCGCCUAUGAUCCCAAUUUUCCGGACGGCGUUCUGUUUGUGUUUGAGGCCGAACUAAAUGAGGACGUAAUGGCCACGGUUCGCAAGGAAAAGAUCCCAAUGAAGGUCAAGGUUGACUUUAAGAUUCAAAACCGGGAGGUCCUCAAAGACAUUUUACACGAGGUCCACUCCAAGGAAGAUGACUCCAAGGCAGAUGACUCCAAGGCCAACAACGCCGCCUUGGAAGGAGUUGAAAAGCUCAAGGAUCUACUGGAAGACACGGAAAAUAUUGACCCAGAUCGAACGUUUGUUGGCUUGUUGGUGGAUAACUCGGGCUCUUUGGACGCUCUACUUCCGUUCCAACCGUUGGCCGUGUCCAGUCACCCGGGAUUUCUGUCCCACAUUUUGCCCAAAUCCAAGAACCCCAAAAGCCCCGGGAAAGAAUGACAAAACGAGAAAUCCUCCCCAGCCAUGGGAGGAUUUCUGAAAGUCAUUUUAAAUGAAUAGGUCGGCCAGACUAGCAAACCUUUACAACAACAACAACAACAACAACAACAACAACAACAACAUACAUAUUACUAUCAGUCAGAGCAUUCUAGGAACCAGUGGCAAGCCGUCUGUUUCUCCUUUAACCGUUCGAAAAGAGACUCUUCGGAUGUAAUUAUUGAAUAAAUCAUGUCAUACAUGGAUGAUUCUAACCAUUGCCAAUAACAUGUGGACAAAAGUACGAGUACUUGUUGAGUGGAACGCAAAAAAUGGCCCGAUGCAUUUUCUUUCUCUUAUCAACUUGUCCAUUCAGUAUGAACAGAAAUGGCGAUCUAGAAAUCUAAUAACGUUGAUUUGGAAAUGACAAUAGCAGAGGUUAGUGAAAAGAUGAAUCAUACCUGGGCCUAUUCAUUGUUAUUGUUCUCGUUUCUAGUCCCAUAGUCAACAAAGUAGAAAUUUGGAUCCACCGAAGCAAGAUAGAUAAACUAUAAUGGAACCUUAAUGGCAAGAAUAGAGGCGCUUCUUGGGUCAAUAUCAUAUUUGAAAAAUAAAACGCACAUGCACGA